UCUCUUCUCUCUUCUCUUCUCUUCUCUCUCUCUCUCUCUCUCUCUCUCUCUCUCUCUCUCUCUCUCUCGAUCUCUCUCUCCUACCAACAUCAUCUUUCCCACACCACCACUUGUGAUUCCACAUCAGACCUCAGCCUCUUUUAGUCUUCUAGGCCACAGGUCUUUCUUCGAGAAAAUCGACCUACGAAGAGAUCCCUUCUACCACCAGCCACACUCGCACUUCUACAGCCAGAAUUUCUGGGGCAAAUUAUCCCAGGAACGACCUCGUAGACGCAAAAGAUCAUCAAAUUCAAAUCCACAUCCACAUCCACAUCCACAUCCAAAUCCAAAUCCAAAUACCCAACGUCAACAUCUAAGCCACCUCUUUAAAUUUGCCUAUCAGAAAAAGAGAAAGGUUGAGAAAGGAAUCAAUUCCUAAAAGGUCAUUACAAUACUUCAAUUCGCCUCUUAUGAGAACAUAAAAGUUAAAGUCUUCUACCGGUAUCCACGAAGUACAUAACUAUCUUGUCCUUGGGAUUAUCUCUUACGAAGGAUCUCUCAUUAAGUUAUUAUACCCCUUGUCAAAAAAAUACCCAGGUACUACGACUAGGACUCCAUACAAUUUAAUCUUAUUACCACAAUUACCAUAAUUACCUACCAAAAAAAAAAAUCAACAAAUCAACAACUCCUACCUAUCCUACAUAUCCUACCUCCACCUACCUCCUAGGAACGGGACACGGACGACGCAUGGGAACUUAGAUCUGAACCAUCCAAUUCCAAUCAACGAAAUCACUCUGGUCUAGGAAAAACGAUCAGCUCACUUGGAAAAAAAAGGGUGUCACUUCUCAAUUCAACUCUAUAUUCUUCACAUUCAUCCACCACCGUUCUUCAAUCAUUGAAGCGCCAACCAUCAGCACCACCAUCUGCACCACCAUCAACAUCAGUUGGGUCUGCAGGAAUAACGCCUGACUGUACCUUAUCCGCCCUCCCUCCCUCCCUACCUAGUCCUUAUUUACUAUACGAACAGAACCUCGUCAACGACCACGACCAUUAUUUAGUCGUAAGAUCCACCUUCAAAGGUCAAGUUUCGAAUCAUCAAUCCCCCCCAUACAUUGUUUGUCAACUUGAUAAUACAAAACAUGGCUCCAAACGAUUAUAACCUUUAUACAACAAAGCGCGCGGCGCGACAAGAAGCAUGGCAUGGUCCAGGAACUGAAUGGAAUCCUUUUUCGAAAACCACUCGACGAAGCAGUACAUUUCCCGCUCAAGUUCCCGAUGAAGAAGCCUUAAGAGGAGUAGAAGAGCCUGCGUUACGAACGAUAAAUACCGAGAAUGGACCACGAUCAUCAGCGAGUCAAGCACCAUUUUUCAACUCACAGAAUGCAGGCACAGCAAUGGAAAUGCAAGAUUUAGAAAAGUCGGCGACAAAUAAUGCUGGACGUCCUAGCGAUCCAAGUACGGAAGCAACAAUUGUUGGAGGUCAAUCUUCGAGGCAACCGAGUGUAGAGGAAAAAGCUCGACGACGAUUCCUUAGCAGAUUUACCAAGAAGGGUAGGGAAGAAGUCGAUGGUGAAGAGAAAGAGAAAAAGAAGAAAGGUGGAAUCUUUCGAGGAAAGGAUAUCAAACACGAGCCUUUCACUCUGAGGAGUCAAUUGCAAAAUACCAUCUUCAAUUCCUGGAUCAACGUUUUACUUAUCGCGGCACCAAUCGGUAUCGCACUCAAUUAUGCUGGCAACGUAAAUGGAAUUGUUAUUUUCGUGGUCAAUUUCAUUGCCAUCAUACCACUGGCCGCUAUGUUAGGUUUUGCUACGGAAGAGAUUGCUCUUCAUGUUGGCGAAAGUUUGGGAGGUUUAUUAAAUGCUUCUUUUGGAAAUGCCGUCGAGAUGAUUGUCGCUAUUAUUGCCUUGGCCAAAGGAGAAGUUCUCAUUGUUCAAACUUCUUUGGUUGGUAGUAUUUUAUCCAAUUUAUUACUCGUCAUGGGAAUGUGCUUCUUCUUUGGAGGACUUCGAAGAGAAGAACAAUUCUUUAACCAGACAGUUGCUCAAACCGCUGCAAGUUUAUUGGCCUUGGCUAUUGCUAGUGUCAUUGUUCCAACCGCCUUCGAUUUAUGGAGUGACACGACCGAUGCUCCAAUUGCAGCUAUCUCACGUGGUACUUCAGUCAUUCUUUUGGUGGUCUACAUUGGUUAUCUUUACUUUCAAUUACAUACUCAUUCUACCAUGUUCAAUGAGGAAAGUCAAAAGGUACCAAUGAGACCACGCAAGCAUGCUUUACCAGAAGGUGCAAUUGCAAAGGGUUUGGCCAAGGCUGGAGGAAUUGGAGCAGGACCUGGUCGAGCAAAUAUUGCCGAGAGACCACCCAACGAUGAACUUAUCAACCCAAACGCACACGAGGAAGAUGAAGAGGAAGAAGGUGAAGAAGCACAAUUGCACAUCUUGGUUGCUUGGGCAACCCUUGCAAUUUGUACUGCUAUCAUUGGACUUUGUGCAGAAUUCAUGGUUGAUAGUAUCAGUGCAAUUACUGAAGGUGGUGGUAUCUCGGAAGAAUUUGUUGGUCUCAUUCUUCUACCGAUUGUUGGAAAUGCUGCAGAGCACGCUACUGCUGUAACAGUCGCUUGCAAGGAUAAGAUGGAUCUUGCAAUUGGUGUAGCUGUUGGAUCUAGUAUGCAAGUUGCUUUAUUCCUCAUUCCUUUACUGGUUGUUAUCGGAUGGAUCAUGGGAAAUGAUGCUAUGAACUUGAGUUUCGAUGGUUUCCAAGUUGCGGUUUUAUUUGUGGCUAUUUUACUCGUCAAUUAUUUGAUUGGUGAUGGUAAAAGUCAUUGGUUGGAAGGAAUGCUUUUACAAUGUCUUUACAUAAUUAUUGCAGUAUGUGCUUGGUAUUACCCAGCAACAGGUGCAGUAUAAAUCAAAAACAUUGAAAACUCAAAAAUACGUUUAGCCCAAUUUGGAGUUAAUACCUCUUUCCUAUAUUGAAGUUCGACGUCCUUUUCGACGUCUAUUAGCAUUUCGAAGCUCAUAUCGGCGAAAAUCGAUAUUUCAUCUCGAGGAUUCUACUUUUUUCGGAAUCAAAAAUCAAUUACAGUUCAUAUUCGACCUCGAGUUUUCAGUGUAUACACGCACACGCACAUACACAAUUCAAUAUUUAAUGUUUAUGUCAUUCUUUUUAUCGCUUCUUUUCAUAUCUUUCAACGUCGAUUGUAUAAUAUGAAUACCACUUUGUUUCACGCAUGCAUGUACAUAUCUCACAAAAUUGCGGGCGUUUUUUCGAUGAGAUUCUUUAUUGCGUUAGAUGGGUGUUUAGGAGUUUGAAUUUGUCAUUCUCUUCUUCUUAGAUGAGGUGAAGAUGGAAGUGGAGGAGGAGGGAGAGAAAGAUGGAGAUGCAAAGAAGGGAGGAUAUGAAAGGAAAAGAAGUGUGGGGAAGAAUGAGAGAAUGGAGAAUGAUUGCAAUGGAUACUGAUACCAAAUAUUGCGAGAGAAAUGAAGGGGGAGUUUGUAGAUGUUAGUGUUAGAGUAGAAUAGAUGUGAUGAGAUUGGAAAAGAUAAAUAGAAAAGAUCUUUUGAGGAUGAUUAUUGGCUUUUGUUUUGUG